AUAAAAAAGAAUAUUUAAAUAAAUUUUAUUAAAAAAAUAUGAAUAAAUAAUUAUUUACUUUAUUAACUGGUGCAAUAGCAAUUACAUUACUCUACCAUUUUAAUGUAUUCCAAAUGAUAGGCUAAAUCUUUGGUUUUAACGGUGUAAAAGAACCUUAAUACUCUUUGAUAUAAAAGACUCCUUAUUAAAUAAGAAAAUACGAAUCUUAUGUAAUAGCGAAAAUAGCCAUGAAAGAGGAUAAUAAAGACUAAGCUUUUAGGGCUUUAGCUAGAUAUAUUGGUGUAUUUGGAAAACCUGAAAAUACUUAAAAUCAAUCACUUGUUAUGACUGUUCCAGUAUUAUAAGAACCUGUAAAAAUGGAAAUGACUGCUCCUGUUAUUUUCGAAAACGGAUAUAUGUCAUUUGUACUUCCUGAAAAAUACAAAUAAGUUGAAUAGUCUCCUUAACCUUUAAAUAAAGAGAUUUCUUUAGAAAAAGUAGAUGAAAAAAAUAUUGCUGUUCUAUAGUUUUCUGGAUAUGGAAAAAAUGAAGAUUUUAAUCAAAAACUUGAAGAAUUAAUUCAAUUAAUGAAAAAAGACAAACAUAUUAAAGAAAAUGCUAAAUAAGAAGAUUUAAAUGUUUAAUUUGCAAGAUAUAAUCCUCCUUUUUGUAUUCCAAUGUUUAGAAGAAAUGAAGUUUGGAUUAAUAUGGAAAAAUGAAAAAUAUAUUUAGAUUUAUAUUUCAUUGAAUUAUUUUUUAUAAAACAUAUAUAUUUUUAAGAAUUUUAAUAUAAUUUAAGUUUUAUUAUAAAUGAUCUAAUUAUUAA